GAACCAAAAGCGUCCACAUCUAGCUGCGUCAGUUAGACUCGUUUCACUUUGAAAUUCGCUUAGAAGACGCACACCGGACUAGCUUUGGAAAACCCAUUCUCUACAGCAAUAAGGGUUUCUUUUGGUUGGCGAACUCAGCUGACUUCGUGGGAUCGAAAGAGCUUGAACUCUUGAUGAAAAUGGAGUAUCAAAGUGUUGUUGACACGAACGGGGCUCAAUUCUUUCUUUAUGCUUUAGCUGCCAUUCAAGCUUCAAGGACAAAUAAUCACCGAGCAAAGCUCAUUCGAAGAUAUCGCACACUCAAGAAGCGAAGGAUUCGAACAAUGACGGCGUUACUAGCAUACAUCGAACAACAGAAGCGUAUACCGAAAUUACCGUCUGCUCCCGAAGCUGGUCCGCCGAAAAGAGUUUGGGUUUUGCAAAGGGAUCAAUUUAUGUUCGAGGAGUUACUAGCCGGAAAUCUUCCAGAGGAAACAUGGCAUCAAAAUUUCCACGUUUCAAAGAAGACAUUUUUUAAGAUUUGCGACAUAGUUCGCCAUGAAUUAUCUAGGCAAGACACGAAUAUGCGACCCUCUGUGUCCUUGGAAAAAAGAGUUGCAGUCGCGUUAAAUCGCCUUGCAACUGGGAGUUGUUACACUGCUUGUGGUGUAAGCUUCGGGCUCCCCAAAUCUACGGCGAACGUUGUAAAAAAUGAAUUUUGUGAUAUUUUGAGAAGGAAAGCGGCCAGUUUUAUCAAGUUUCCAAAGAGCGACGACGAAGUACGAAAGGUUAUUGGUGGGUUUGAAGACAUCUCUGUUUUCCCUCAGGUGGUCGGUGCGUUAGAUGGUACGCACAUUAAAAUCAUAGCACCCAAAGAAAACAAGUACGACUUUUUAGGGAGAAAGGUGUUUUAUAGUGUUCUCGUUCUGGGAGUGGCAGACAGCUACUGCAAGUUUAUUCACGCAAGUGCAGGAUGCCCUGGUGCAGUGAGUCGCGCAGAAAUGCUACGGAACAGUGCGUUACAGCGUGACAUUCAAAAUGGCGUUAUCUUGAAUACUCCAGGUCGUUUGAUUGACGGCAAUGAGGUGAAGCCCCUUAUAGUCAGCAACUCUUCUUUUGACUUGAGUUCUUGGCUGAUGACACCCUAUGUACCAACACCAAAUGUUACCCCUAGUGAGAGCAGUUUUAAUGCUGCAUUGAGCUCUGCAAGAGAAAAGAUUGUACAAGCAUUUGGCUUGUUGCGGGGCCGUUGGAGAUGUCUUUUGGAAACACUCAAAGAGGAUACCCUAAGGGUUCCCACCACUGUUAUUGCAUGUUGUGUUUUGCACAAUCUGUGCAUCGACCUCGGGGACAAUGCACCCGUUGAGCCUGUUGUCACUCAGGAUGACAUGGAGCUUUUUGAUGACGACAGUGAUGACUGGUCAACUAUGGAAGAAGGAGGCAAAGAGUUAAGAGAAAAAAUAAGAAACUAUUUAGACACAUAUGGGUAUUAGUACACUGUCCAUUUAUGAACCUUUUCUUUGCCAUCGAAAUUUGAAUCAUUGUCAGAUAUAACUUGUAGCGUUACAUGUAGCUCAGGAUUAGUACUUCUUUAAGUUCUUGUAGUCCUGUUUGUGUUCUUCUUCUGUCAUUCUAAGUAAGAUACAAGCACAACUUGGAAUACAGUUUUGUCAUGCAAAUAAACAAUUUUAUAAUAUUUUCUGUAAUAUCCACAGUAUCUAAAGUAGAGAUACCAGGAAAAGAUUUUUACUGAUCUUUUA